GCAACACACCUGAAUCAAGUAAUUAGAUAAUUGAGAGGACUCUGUAGUAACUGACUGCAUAGUGAGGAAGUAACGCAGUUAUCUGAAUCAGGUGUCGGACGAAGGGUGAAUCUAAAGGUUGCAGGAUACUGGUCAUCAGGAACUAGAAUUGUCCACCACUGCUUUACACAACUGACAUCACAUAGUCAGUAUGAACAACCUUUGACCACUGGCAAUGUGCCUGAUUACGCUCCAGCAUUAUAUGACCGCUUCUUUUAGUUGCCACUCUCUUGAAUCAUUCCAUUCCUCCUACAUGCCUUAAGUAGUAAUGCAGCUUAUGAAAUGGGCUUUAAAACUAAUUUUGCCAUAACGGCUAGUGUCCUUAUUGUAGCUAUUCUAAUUGUGGUUCCACUGGCGGUUCUACUUUCUCCUCGAACGGCCCAGUUCAAGGCAACAUUCAGGAAGAAAUGUCAAGCUUUCCCAGAGACAAGCCAAAGAUGUGAGGAUAUUUUAAGGACAUUUGAGGAAGCAUAUUUUGGGAAGGACUCCUGCAACUUUCCAGAGGAAGCAUAUCAUCAGCUCUUUGUGAAGAACCCCUUUAUACAUUCAUGUUAUAAAACAAUGUUCUGGAGCGGCACAAAAGAUCUGGUGCAUCAAUUCACUGAGAAAAGGGAUAAUUUUAUUACCCUGGAGGGCACCCUGCUAGGGCACAUAAUGAAUGAUCUGACCUGGUGUGGGAGGAAGGGCACCCGAGAGACCUUCAUCUACUUCUGUGAAGAAUGCAAAAUGAACCCUGUAUCUGCAUUCUGGGUCAGAGCCUCUGCAGAGUUUGCAAAUUAUUCUUGUGGACAGGCCAGUGUUAUGCUAAAUGGAGAGAUAAGCAAACCAUUCGAUCCCACCAGCUACUUUGGAUCCAUUGAAGUCAGGAAGCUCAUGUAUCCCAGAGUGCAAAGCCUGACUGUUAUUCUUGUUACCAAAAACAAUAAGGUAGAUUGCAGCCAUGAGUCUCUGCAGGUGCUACGGAACAUCCUGGAUCCAGAAAUUUCUUUAUACUGCCAUUCAGUUAAAGAAUCGAGGAUACAGGAGUGUAUAGAAAUGGGCACAACCACCAAAGCCUGUUGGAGUUAAAACUACUAGAGGCUGU